AUGCCUGGUGGCUUCAGCUAUCGAUUCUUACGCUCCGGCAAAUAUCUGCGAGUCAUGUCCCCGUCUCCAGUCGCAUACGAGAGCUGGACACGCGAAGAACUCAUAGCUCGGUUAGCUCAACUUGAUUCAGAUCCCCCAACGUCUCCUCAAAAGCCUCAAGCACAGCGGCAGCAACAGAAAGCCUUCGAUUUCUCCGCACAUCCUCGCCGUAAGAUCGCUCUCAAAUUCAGCUACAAUGGCUCACAGUACUCCGGAUUGGAGUAUCAGAAGACGCCGACCAGUACCCCGACGGUCGAGGGUGUCCUAUAUGAUGCUCUUGUGCAUACAAGACUGAUUGAUCCGGCACUGGGCUUUGAGGGAUGUGGGUGGGAGAAGUGCGGUCGGACAGACAAGGGUGUCAGUGGUGCAGGCCAAGUUGUGAGUCUCUGGAUCAGAAGUGCCUUGAGGGAGACGGGGAGCACAUCUCAUCGCUCAGAAGUGGAACGACCAGAGACGACUAGCCUAUCGAACGAGGUACAGCAACAUCCACCACGCUCUUCGGAGGACGACACGGGGUUGGAGGGCGAUUUUGCACUCAUGGAUGAUUGGGACGAGCCGCCUACGAACGCGGCAUUGCCCCCUCCGCCAAAGCAGAUUGAGGAAUUGCGGUACGUCUCUCAGCUGAACCACGUCCUCCCCCCUACAAUCCGCAUCAUCGCCUGGUCCCCCGUUGCACCCGACUUUUCCGCCCGCUUUUCAUGUCGCUACCGUCACUACAAGUACUUCUUCAGUCCGCGCGGGUUAGACCUCGCUGCGAUGCAGGAUGCGGCCUCACGCCUCGUCGGAGAGCACGACUUCCGCAACUUGUGCAAGCUCGACCCGUCCAAACAGCUUACCUCAUUUGUGCGAAAGAUUCUUUCUGCUCAAAUCAACCCAGUCCAGCCGGACGGCGAGAUCUAUGUCUUCGACCUGAGGGGCACGGCGUUCCUCUACAACCAAGUGCGGCACAUCAUGGCGAUCCUGUUCCUGGUUGGGACGCGGCUUGAACAAUCAUGCAUCAUUGAUUCACUGCUCAACGUCGAUCCAGAGAACCCGCGUCCCCCCGCCAAGGAGGGCGAAUCUGUGCCUGCCGUCGUAGUCAGCAAGCCGGAGUACCAGAUGGCGGACCCGCUACCGCUGAUGCUUUGGGAGUGCGGAUACGACCCAGCCACCGUCUCCUGGCGUGCAGACGCGUCCCCCGAUGUGGCAGCGUUGGACACAGCACUCAGCCACCGGGACCUCUCGACAAAUCUAUACCACGGCAUGCAGGGACUGUACGAACGCUCUGCGAUUCAUACGGCGCUGGAUGCGCACUUUUUGAGUGCCGUCGCGGUACACCAUUCGCCCCCGCCACAGUACUUCCCUGUUGGCGCGCCGAACACGCAGCAGGUCCCCAAGGGCAGCGUGCUGAAUGUCCCGCUUGGUGCAGGCACGUUUCGGCGGGGCGCAAAUUAUGUACCAUUGCUCAAGAGGCCGCGCGCAACCCUAGCGGAACUGGUGAACGAGAGAUGGAGAACCGGGAAAGGCGCGAGACAAAUGGAACGAAGGGCGCUGGCGGCACAGGCACAGGACAGCAAUGACAAAUUACAGCCCGAGGGCAAGAUGUCCGCGUAA